UUUGUAAACAGUUCGCGAUGGCACCGAACCAGAAUCAAGCUGCCGUAGUGCACGGCCCAAACGAUCUUCGCCUGGAGCAACGUCCCAUACCGGAGCCGGCCUUCAACGAGGUGGUCGUCGAGGUGGAUUGCUGUGGAAUCUGUGGAACCGACAUUCACUUCCUGAAGCAGGGUGGCUUCGGUGCCCAGACGCUGAUCAAACCCAUCGUACUGGGACACGAGUCUGCCGGAGUGGUACGGAAAGUGGGUAGUGAGGUGUCUCACUUGAAGAUUGGCGAUCGCGUUGCGAUCGAGCCAGCCGCUGGAUGUCGCACAUGUGGUCUGUGCAAGGUCGGUAAGUACAAUGUCUGUCUGAAUGGUAAGCACUGUACCACGCAGAAACACGACGGAAACUGUUCGAACUACUACGCACAAUAUGCAGACUGUUGCUUCAAGUUGCCGGAUCAUGUCACGAUGGAGGAAGGCGCCAUGUUGGAACCACUGGCGGUGGCAGUCUACGCCACUCGCCGUGCCGAUAUUCGUCUAGGCAGCAGAAUGGUCAUUUACGGGGCAGGUCCGAUAGGGCAAAUGUGUUUGAUUGCAGCCAAAGCGAUGGGUGCUACGAGGAUUGUAGUCAUGGACCAGGUUAGAGCUCAACGACGACUUGAUCUAGCGAUGAAGCUAGGAGCUACGGGUACGAUCGCAAUCAACGUAGAUGACAAGGAGGAGGAAGUGGUGAAUAGAAUCUAUGAAAUGCUAGAUGGACCAGCAGAUCGAUUUCUGGAAUGUACCGGCUAUGAGGUGGCAAUUCGGAUUUCGAUACUUGCAACCAAAAACACUGGCAAGGUCUGCCUCAUUGGGCUUCGGAACAACAACAUCAAUGUACCGAUGGUGGAUGCCAUUUCAAGGGAAAUUGACAUUAUAACAGUUAUGCGGUACAAUCACGAGUUAGUAUGCGGAAUUGGGUACUUAUUGCAUUGUUUAUGGUACUGUUCUGUUUGAAUUACAGCUAUCCAGCUGCCCUGGAGAUUGUAGCGACCGGAUAUGUGAACAUCAAGCCACUCGUCUCACAUCACUACGAUUUGAAGGACGUCCACGAGGCGUUCCGUGUUGCCAGCAAAGGGGAGGGAAACAAAAUUCUGAUACACCUCGCUCCGAGAGAUACUAAUAAUAAGGUUAAGUUUGUGAA